AUGAAGAGUUUUUUUAAUUCACUGAGGAGAUCAACUGUUAGUCACUUCAUCCUCUUGGGCUUCUCUUCCAGCCGGGAGAUACAGAUGGUCUACUUUGUGGUGUUCUCAAUGACCUAUAUACUAACAUUAAUGGGAAAUUCAGCUAUUAUCUGUGCUGUGCACUGGGAUCGGCACCUCCACACCCCCAUGUACAUCUUCUUGCGGAAUUUUUCCUUCCUGGAGAUCUGUUAUGUCACCACAACUGUUCCCAACAUGCUAUCUAAUUUCCUUUCUGAGACCAAAACCAUCACUUUUGUUGGUUGCUUUGUACAAUUUUAUUUCUUCUUUUCUUUUGGCUGUGAUGAAGGUUUCUAUCUUUGCAUCAUGGCAUUUGACAGGUACCUCGCUAUCUGUCGUCCACUGCAUUAUCCAACCAUCAUGACUACACAUCUCUGCACUGGUUUGGUGAUCUUUGGCUGGUCAGGUGGAUUUAUCCUCUUUGUAAUACCAGUUGUCCUCAUCUCACAGUUGUUCUAUUGUGGCCCAAACAUUAUUAAUCACUUCAUAUGUGAUCCUGUCCCAUUGAUGGCCCUUUCAUGUUCCAAAGCCCAUAUCACAAAACUCAUUUACUCUACUUUCAAUUCUAUCUUUAUGGUUGGUACCUUUAUAUUUGUCCUCAUCUCCUAUGCCUUAGUCAUUUUUUCUGUACUGCGGAUUCCCUCUGCUGCUGGCAAGCGUAAAGCCUUCUCCACGUGUGCUUCACAUCUAGCGAUAGUAAUCUUAUUCUUUGGUUCUGUUAUGACUAUGUAUGUGGGACCGGGAUCAGAGCAGCCAGUAGAAUUCCAGAAAGUUAUGACACUGUUUUAUUCAGUUAUCACUCCACUAUUCAACCCCUUGAUCUAUAGCCUCCGAAACAAGGAUAUGAAGGCUGCUCUGAGGAAAGUUCUGGUAGCCACUAAGACUUCUCGCAAGACAUGA